CGGUAAAUGGACAGGUUCCAACGUUCCAAGCUGUUGUGAGAGAUCGUAUCAUGAACAAGACCUUCAUCAUCAUCAGUCCACACUUCUCAAGCUUCGUCAAAGAGGACUUUGAUCUUUGGUUCCAUGACAGACUGGUUUCAGUUCUUCCAAGUUUCACUCCAGAGAUGCUCGAGUUUACGAUAACAAACUUAAACUGCGCAAACUACCAUGUUGUUGUGAGCGGGAUAGUGAAAGUGUCCUCUGCCAUGCCAGUUCAAAGACAACAGGAAAUUGCUGAAGUUCUGCUGGCCUACCUGAGGAAAUAUGUCAGUUCCAUCAACACACCAGUUUGCAGGGUGGGAAUUAACACUGAUGCUGAAUGGAUCGAAACAAACUUGGGUUCCUUUGCCCAAUACACAACAUAUUAUGAACUCAAAGUCUUCAACCUCUCGCCGGAGGCAGUUGUAGGUGCCCUUUCACCACAACAAAAGGCAGAGCUGAUAACAGAUCCAGACAGCGGUGCUCUGCAGAAUGCCACGUUCAUCAGGGCGGUCCUCACAAGCUUGACCUUGUCCGGCAAUAUUGAGCAGCUCGCUGAGUUCUUCCAGAGUUUUGCAGAAAUCAGCAAGCAGAAAAACAUAACUUUCAUCACAAAUGCAGCUGUACGAGAUAUCAUCUUGAGCACAACUUUGACAGCUCUCGAACCUCAUUUAGUCAACUUUGAACCAGAAGACUAUCAGCUGUGGUUCCAGGAUUAUCUUUUUCCAUUGCUACCAAGCCUCCGUCUUGGUAGCUUGCGGGUGAUCCCAAGUAACAUCAGCUGUGCAUCCUAUGAAGCUAUACACACCGGACUUCUGGCAAGUUUGCAGUUCCUGCCACUGGAUCUUUCGGUGGAUGUGAGAUCAAGCGUUGAGUCCCUCAAACAGACAUUCCCACGUUGUUCAGUACAAGAUUCUUUUACGUGCAAGAAGACACCUGUCGAUGAGAGCCACAUCUGUGCUGCAGUCAAUGGAUCACAACUCCAGCAAACACUGGCAACUGACGCGUCGUCCACAGCCUUGUGCAGUUUUACCAUCACUGAACAUGCUUGUUCCUUGGCUACCCACCUCACACAAACAAACGUGAUCACACUGUUGAAAUGUUCAUUGGAUAGUCAAAGGACCUACCCAGUUGAAGUUUGGAAGCUUUUCUUCCAAAAAGCUUCUGAUCUGGACCAGGCUCUCGACACAUUUGCCAGCAUGACCCCCAACAACAGCAGCCCAGUUUCGCCAAAUGCCCUUGAAGCCUUGGGAGAGGUGAAAAUUGCCACCUUCAGCCAGGAGCAACUAAAGAAUGAGGACUUCAUUGCCAACUGGUUCCAACAAAAGAUCCGUCCAUUCUUGGCAUCACCAUCCACAAACUUCCUAUUCUGUCUUAGCUCCUUAAACUUCAGCUGCCAGACAUAUCAGAUUGUCGUUGAGGCAUUCAGCAACCAAAGAGAACAAAUGGACAGUGGCACUCAGCAAACAGUCUUCACUCAUUUCAUCAAAUCAUUCCUGUCAAGAAAUGAUUCAUCAGAUCCUGGCUGCAUCGCAUCAGUCAAUGGUAGUCGAGACUGGCUGCAGACAAACCUUGGCAACUUCUCUGGUUUUGCAACCGUUCAAGAAUUGCAAGCCCUCAAUCCACUCUUAUCAAGU